AUGCCAGAAGCUUUCAGCCUUGCCCCAGCAAGCGGAGGGAACGACGCCAUGCAGCAACCUUUGGACAACGAAUCCGGGGGCCAGCCCGGCCAUGCGAUGACGGCGGAUAGAGACCGUCUUACCUCCGGCGCUUCAAGCUUCGCCAUCAAGCUAGGCGGCCAGAUGCAGCUCCAGGCACAGCAGAACCCCGAAUCUGUCGUCAGCUUGUUCGAGCAAGCAGUGCCGGGCCUCGCAGACAGUGUCGUGAGCAUCUCACCGCUCAUCACAUCCCAGACUCCAGAAGCGCUCGCCGAGCUUAUAGAACGGGCACGGAGUAUGGACCCAGAAUACCAACCACCAAACUUCAGCAACUGGUAUAACGUGAAGUUCCAGCCUCGUGCUACCACCGCGCCUGACACUGAGUUUAUCCGUCCGCAAGAAGUCAAUGAGGUUGUGGCCCGUAUAACCAGCCUGCCUGAAGUCGAUAGCAUCCAUCCGCUUCGUGCCGGACCACCACCUAUGGCAGUCAAUCCUGGCGAUGAUCCUCGAAGUAUCAAUCAAGGUUAUCUCAAUCCCGCCCCUGAUGGCAUUGACGCACGUUACGCUUGGACCCUUCCAGGCGGCGAUGGCGCCGGAAUCGGCUUCGUAGAUUUGGAACAAGGCUGGAAUCUCAGUCACGAAGACCUCGCGGCUCAAAACAUCACUCUCAUCUCCGGCCGCAAUGCCUACUACUUCGAACACGGCACCUCGGUGCUCGGUCAGGUUCUGAUGGUCGACAACAAGAUCGGCGGAAUCGGCAUCUCCUCCCGUGCAAACGGUCGCGUCAUCUCUCAGCACCGAGACGACUGGUCAUACAAUACUGCAGACGCUAUCGUAGACGCCGCGGCCCGCAUGUCCUACGGCGAUACUCUGCUCCUCGAAGCCCAAGAGUUCGAUCCCGUGAGCGGCGCAUACUACUGGCCGGUCGAAGUCUCGGACGCAAACUACGACGCCAUCCGCAUAGCGACCGCUCUCGGCAUCACAGUCGUCGAAGCCGGGUGUAACGGUGCCUACGACCUCGACGCCUACGUCAACGCCGCCGGGAAGGCAAUUUUCAACCGCUCCAGCCCCGACUUCCGCGACAGCGGCGCCAUCAUUGUUGGUGCGGCGUCGUCUACCUUACCGCACUACAGGAUGUAUUUCUCCAACUACGGCUCUCGUAUCGACGUCUUUGCGUGGGGCGAGAAUGUGGAUACGACCAGCACGGAUUAUACGGGUACCGAUAACGACGAGUAUACCUCUUGGUUCAACGGCACGUCGAGCGCUUCGCCCAUCAUUUCUGGGGCUGCGUUGAUCCUCCAGGGCAUCGCUGAGAGGAGUCGAGGGAGGAGACUCCCGCCUAGAGAGCUGAGGAGCCUGCUGCAAAUCGAGGGCACCAAGAGUCAGGACCCGGCAUUCGAUAGGAUCGGAGUGAUGCCGAACCUUAAGGCGAUCAUUAACGCCCAGGGGCUGGAUCAUGGCUGCUGUCAGCACUGUCGCGAGAAGUGGUGCAGAAACCGCUGCACGAAGUGUUGGGAGAACGGCUGUGGUCAAGGUGAGGAACACUGCAAGGAGCGAUGCAGGAAGGAAUAG